AUGAGCAUGGGCAGCUGCCGUGUGUAUACCCUCUUUCUCUCUCUGCUUUGUAGGAAAAAUCCCACGUCUUGCUUCUCCACGGAGCUCACCUUCAACAACUGUAUGUGUAACUCCUCAGUCAAUUCCUCCUCUGCCAUUGGUCCCACUUCCUGUUCUCCUACUCCUCCCUCUACCUGCACUACUACAAUGGCGCCUAACGGUCAUUGGGUGUUGCCAUGGCAACCGGGUCAACGAACUCCACAAGGUCUCAACAAUGAGGAGGACUUCUUCAACUCCAGCUCCUUCUUUGCCAAUGUCGAUAGUACAACAACCACUAUUGUGAAUAACCGCGGAGGAUUUUUUCCCCCACCACCUGUACCAACGGCACCACCACCGCCACCGUCCACCCGAUUGACGGCCAAUCCCUUUGAAGGUGCGCCAUUUCCGCGACAAGUCUCUGGCAAGACACAGAGCGGUGUGGAAGUACCUCCAUCAACUACUUGUCUCCCCGGGGGCAAUGGAUCCUCCUCUACCUCCACCACAGCUGCUGGCAAUCGACUAACCUCUACCAACUCCGUGCGAGCGGCGGUCUUCCCUCAACGCGAUGGAACAAUUUCACAGUUGAAUAGACGCUCCUCUGCUACAGAAUGCGUGAACAAACCCGUUCGCCCUUCUUCCGACACCAAUGUCAUCUCCCUCACUGACAACCCUGGUGCCCCCAUGCUGAAGACGGAUAGCACUCUCUCAUUGGAUACGGAUGGGCGCACGAGGGCUUGUUGCUUCUGCUGGUGCUGUUGCUGCUCCUGCUCGUGCGUGCGUGUAAGGCCUCCUCUUGAGACAAGCAAACGCUCAACGCACAGUCUGGACGACCCACAUCGAACAGAGACCCAACUUCUGGAGCUACGAACCACGUAUGAAGACAUCCUUUCGUGGUCAGAGUCGUUUGACACCCUCAUGAAGUGCUUCACUUCGCCAGACGGUACAGUGGCUCAGAAGGCGUUUCGAGAGUUUCUGCGAUCAGAGUACAGUGAAGAAAAUAUCCUCUUUUGGUUGGCCUGUGAAGAGCUCAAGCAGGAGACCAAACCCGAGGCGGUGGAGGAAAAGGCACGACUCAUCUACGAAGACUACAUCUCCAUUCUCUCACCGAAAGAGGUGAGUCUGGAUUCGCGAGUUCGUGAAAUGAUCAACACGAACAUGACCCAGCCCACACCGCACACCUUUGACGAAGCCCAAUUGCAGAUCUACACCCUGAUGCAGCGAGACUCCUAUCCUCGAUUUCUCAACUCGAGGAUAUACAAGGACCUGCUUGCCAUGACAAAAGGCGACAGCUCCUAG